CGUCCGUCUCACAAGCACACUAGUGCUCCUAUUGAGUACGCGACGCAGUGCAGUGGUGUGAACACGGUAUUAAAAAGUCCUAAAAGUCCUUCAGUUUUAGGGUUUUUUAGGAUUGACAUAAUUCAAACACCCGACCCGUUAAUUCGGUUCACGCUUUUAGAGUAAGGGUUCUGAACACUUGAAAUGUACGAAAUCAAAAACUCAUUUGCUAUCGACACGAAGUGAAGGAAGGAUAAGUGACUCGAGAUGAGGGUCGGUACAGCCCUUACUAUAUACAUGUUAGGGCUGGUGCGGGUAGGUCUAGGACGCUACAAGUACUGGAAGCCAGCGUCUGCAGAUCUUGCCCAGUUAUUCACUUUUAGUGGUCAAAACAGCUCUGGUGUUCUUACGUCCGAAAUGCGAUGCUGGAACUGGGCCACUGCAAAGGACUGGACUUUCCUGGCCUGUUACAUCCCUCUCACCGACGGCUCAGGAAACUGCUCACUAUGGGACGACAAGCCCAUCAAGAAUGGGCUGGUUAACCUAACGGUCACCCCAGGAUCAAACAACUGCAUGGCUGUCUUCAAAACUGACGUCUGUGUUCUGCCGGGAAAUUCGCUCAUGAAGGUUGGAGAGAUGAAGAACAACUCGUUUUGUCCAAAUUUGAAGGACGUCUGCCUGCCCAGUGGGAUGAUGGACGUGAAAAGAGCAGCAGCGCCUCAGAGCUGCACUGCACCCUUCAAUGUCUCCGGUGACUUGUGUCUGAUGACGACGCCCGUGGUGCCCAUUGUGGCUAGAGUUAGGUGGUGUGAUGCACGCGGAUUCUGCCUGAGGAGUGGAGCAGACCUCGCCACUGUGCGCACCGACCAAGAAUUCCAGCAGUUUCAAGCGUUCUUUGUUGCCUUUGGACGGACAAGCUCUCCCAUAUGGUUAGGCAGCUACAAGACCGCUGAUGGACAGUGGGUGUGGCUCAACAGCUACAGGAACCCGUACACCCUGCCAGACUGGUACCCUGGACGGCCCGGCGCUGGCCAAUGCGGACAUUUCAACACGUCUACUGCGCUGCUAGCCGACUCACCCUGCACCACGUUUAACAGCGUUCUGUGCAGGGCAAUGGUGGCUCCGUAG